CAUAAUAAUUCAUCAAUUGGGCCCAAAAAUUUAUAACAAGCCCAGCUAAAGAUGCUUUGAUAUCGUCGGCCGGUUUGUAAUUGCGAAAACCCCAAUCCCGAAACCUUCUUCCUCCGAUUCAAAAUCCUACGCAGAAGGCAGAUACAAAGGAUAGAGGGAAAGUGAAGGGUGUCACUACCGGCGAUCGCAAUGUCGGGUUUUUCAUUUUCUCAAUCUGGCCAAUCGUCAACCUCCUCCCCGUUCUCGUUCGGAUCUUCCUCUUCAUUGGGAUCCACCGCUUUCUCUUCUUCAAACCCUAGUACUUCUUCCCCUUUCUCACUCUCUUUCAACGCCGCUUCUUCAAACCCUAGCUCUACUGCCUCCUCAACCACUACAUCUCCUUUCUCUUUCUCGCUAAACACCUCCUCUUCCAUCACCACCACUUCCACAAAUCCUAGCUCCGCUUCUUUUGGCUUCGGUUCAGGUUUAUCUAAUACCGGUUCAACUACUACUCCAUCCCUGUUUGGGGCAACUUCAUCCUCCGCUACAUCCGCUUCCUCGCUGUUCGGAACGCCUUCAACUUUUGGGACUGCGUCAUCCGGCGGUGCAUCUGCACCCUCACUGUUUGGAGCAUUUACAUCCAGUACUACUACGACGCCGUUUGGAACAUCGUUUUCUGCCACCAGUACCUCUUCACCGUUUGGAACAGGUUUAUCCGCAGCAGGAAACUCUGCCUUUCCCUCAUUUGGAUCGUCUACUUCAGUGGCGGCAACUUCUAGUUCUCCCUUGUUUGGAGCAUCUUCUUCCGCGGCUGCGACUACAGCUUCUCUCUUGUUUGGAACAUCUUCAUCCACGGCUGGGACUACAGCUUCGCCUCUGUUUGGAACAUCUUCGUCCACGGCUGGGACGACAGCUUCGCCCCUGUUUGGAACAUCUUCGUCCACGGCUGGGACUAUGGCUUCGCCCCUGUUUGGAACAGCUUCAUCGACGGCGGGAGCUACAACUUCUCCCCCAUUAGGAGCAUCUUCAACCACCACAGGUUCUGCGACAUCCUUAUUUGGAGGUAUUGGUGCUUCCGCUGCGUUUUCUACUACAAAAUCAACUACUCCUGCAUUUUCCAGCGCGUUCCCUCUGGGUUCAUCUUCAAAUUCGACUUCAACUUCAACCACUGGUUCAUCUCCAUCUUUCUCGGCGUCUACUGGGUUUUCCAUCCCUUCUAGUUUCUCAUUUUCACAAAAUACUCAAAGUUCAACAUCUACAGCUUCACAACCUUCGCUAACAUCUUCUUCAUCAUCCGCAAGCUCUUCUAGCUUUUCAUUUGGAACACCGGCUUCUCAGCCUUCAUUCAGCUUCAACAAUGCUACUGCAGCUUCUUCCACCGCCGGAAUCUCUAGCACACCUUCCGCAAAGGCCACUUCACUGUCUUUUGGCGCAACACCUUCAGCGCCAUUGUUCUCUACCGUCACUACCACAACUGCUUCCACCUCUUCCGCCGCUAGUACGGCCACACCUGCUACAACUACAACUGCUACAUUGCCUGCUAUUGGUGUGAGUUUUUCCUCUGCUGCAGUUACAUCUUCAGCAUCGGCACCUGCCAGCUCUGGUUCCAGUUCUAGUUCUUUUACUGGUUUUGGCAUGAUCAGUAGUACAUCUACUUCUUCUGGGACUACUAGCUCUUUUACAGGUUUUUCACUGUCCACAAAAACAGCUACGCCUGCUUCUUCAUCACAAUCACAAUCUUCAGUUGGGGCACCUGUUUUCAGUAUCCCUACCUCAACUUCUGCUGCAGCAACAACUUCAAGUACCAGUGCUCCCGCUGCUCAAACGUCUUCCUCUCUUGUUGUGGCUUCCAGUAGUGGGACAACUACAACAGUCAGUACGACAGUGUCUGCUACACCAAAAUUACCGUCUGAGAUCACAGGGCGAACUGUUGAGGAGAUCAUCAAGGAGUGGAAUGCGGAGUUACAAGAGCGCACUGGGAAGUUUCGGAAGCAAGCUAGUGCCAUAGCUGAGUGGGACAAGAGGAUCUUGCAAAACCGUGAUGUCCUUCUCAGGCUUGAGAUUGAAGUUGCAAAAGUGGUUGAGACCCAGGCUAACCUGGAGCGACAGCUUGAGUUAAUUGAAACUCAUCAGCAAGAGGUUGAUAAGGCUCUACAAAGUAUGGAAGAAGAAGCUGAGUGCAUUUACAAGGAUGAGCGUGGAUUACUUCUUGAUGAUGAAGCCGCCUCAACUCGAGAUGCGAUGUAUGAGCAGGCUGAAUUUAUCGAGAGAGAAAUGGAGCAGAUGACUGAGCAGAUAAAAUCAAUCAUUCAGACUUUAAAUGCUAACCAGGGGGGAGGACUUGAUGGAAUUGACGGGAUGGCUCCACUGGAUGUGGUUGUCCGAAUUUUAAACAAUCAACUAAGUUCUUUAAUGUGGGUUGAUGAGAAGGCUGAGGAGUUCUCUCUGCGCAUCCAAAAGCUUGCUAACCAAGGUUCUGCUGCAGAUCGUGAAUUGAUGGGUCCAAAAUUUUGGAUGUCUUGAUCCAUUUUUUUUCAUUGGAUAUGAUUGAUUAUGAAUAUUUGGAGCCAUCUGUAGGCUUUUUGCAUUGUAUGAAUUCCAAAAACCUUAGGAAGUAGAUAUUUGAACUCUGUUUUUGGCCUAGCGAGAUGCCUGUCAAACAAUUCACAUUGGUUUUCCCUUCCUUAAUUUCUUUACAAUGCAACCUAAAGGAGUAAACAUGAGAUUUUGCGUUAA